AUGGCUAGCUUGGACGACAGCCACAGGCACCAGCGACGCCGAUCCCUAUCCGGUUCUCCUGGCCGCGAUCGUGAACAUCGACGAGCCUCACGGGAGGACCCCAGGAGCCCACGGCGGCGCGAUUACGACCGGCGAAGCUCGCAUCGAGGUGUUUCGCGACGUAGAAGCUCUCGAAGCCCUUCAGACGUGAAAUCGUCGAGACGAGACCUCGAGCACGAGUCUCGAAAGCGUCGCGGACACUCCCGAGAUUCUAUAGAAGACAGUCGUCAAGGUCACCGACAUCGCAGCCACCGACAUCGCGACGAGCGAGAUCGCGAUUCCGGACGACCAUCGCGAAGACAUCGCAGCCCCCACCGACGAUCGCGCUCAACAUCCCCGCGUCAAUCCCACAAUUCGUCGCAAGCAAUUCAACGUCGCGGACCCCUCCCCUCACAAGCCGAUGCCUUCACAGGAGAAGUCGCCCAGUCGGGGGACGCUCCGCCAGUUGAAAAGAUCAAGCCCAACUACAAUCAGACUGGCCGACUUGCCGCCGAGAGCAACACUGUCCAAGGCCAGACUGGUGAGAAGAUUGUUCUCAAAUAUCACGAGCCUCCAGAGGCUCGCAAGCCGCCUGCGAAGGAAGCCUGGCGACUUUACAUAUUCAAAGGAGAGGAUCUCCUCGACGUGGUCGAACUUGGUGGUAGAAGCUGCUGGCUGAUUGGUCGUGAGCUCCAAGUGGUGGACUUCCCUCUCGAGCAUCCGAGUUGCUCGAAGCAGCAUGCCGCGUUGCAGUUUCGUUAUGUUGAGAAGCGCAACGAGUAUGGAGAUCGCAUCGGCAAAGUCAAGCCGUACCUGAUCGACCUGGAAAGUGCAAACGGCUCCCAUGUCAACGGCGAAGCAAUCCCUGCUGGUCGUUUUGUGGAAGUCAUGGACAAGGAUGUGAUCAAAUUCGGCCUGAGCACUCGUGAAUAUGUGCUUAUGCUACCAACCUGA